AUGCUGGCUGAAGUGGUGGAGAAACUGAAGAAGAUUAAACUACAAGCUGCUUCUCCUGCUCACUGUUACGCUGGACCUGGAGAUGUGGAGUGUGAUUCCUGCACAGGGAGAAAACACAAAGCCGUCAAGUCCUGUUUGGUUUGUCAGGCCUCCCAUUGUGAAGAUCAUCUUAAACCUCACUAUCAGUCUCCUGCCUUUAAGAAGCACAAGUUAGUUGAAGCCUGUGCAGAGCUCCAAGAGAAGAUCUGCUCUGAACAUGACAAACUGAUGGAGAUCUACUGUCGUACUGACCAAAGCCUCGUCUGUUACUUGUGUAUGAUGGAAGAACACAAAGGUCAUGUUACAGUUCCAGCUAAAGCAGAAAGAACUAAAAAACAGAAUGAGUUAAAGGAGGAUCAGAUAAAAUUCCAGCAGAGGAUCCAGGAGAAGCAGAAGAAGAUGCAAGAGCUGAAACAGACUGUGGACGUUAUUAAGAUGCGUUCACAGGCAGCAGUAGUUGACAGUGACAGGAUCUUUACUGAGCUGAUCAGCUCCAUGGAGAAAAAGCGCUCGGAGGUGACGGAGCUGAUCAGAGCUCAGGAGAAAGAUGAAGUGAGUCGAGCUGAAUGACUCCUGAAUCAACUGGAGCAGGAGAUUGCUGAUCUUAAGCGGAGAGUC